AUGAGGUCCUGUCCAGUUCAAACAUCGGCUGCCAGCCCGUUCAUUGGUACUUGCCAACGGCAUCUUCGGCUUUGCGUCUCGAGAGUCGCUGUGAACGCGCGCGCGCGGCCGGGAGGCGCGCUGUACGAGCGGUUUCUGGACGCGAUGGCGGGACACGUGGCAGACCUGGGAGGUGCGUUCCAAUCGCUUAUGGGCUCCCGCGAUCAGGUCACGGCGCCGCUCACCUUCGCCUUCCACGGCACUCCUCCCCCCAACGUUCCGUCCAUCCUGGAGAACGGAAUGCUGCCAGAAAAGAGGGUAGCGGGCGGGGACUGGUUCGGAACGUCACCAAUCACGAGCUUGCCCUAG